CAGGGAGGGGGAAUAGGGGUAUCACAUUAAAAAAAAAACCCAGCUAUAUUAUGGGACUACAAAAUCCAAACUCCACGAGAAUUUGCAACAUAAAACGGGAAGCCCAGACUUGUCCGCCGUGGCCCGACAGUCCCCGCCUAGCCCGCGGGAGGCGAAACUGGCAGCGUCAGUCAGUCCGCCGGGUUGCCUACGGGUACUCGGACGGGAACGGAGAGUGCCGAGGAGAGCCGACUCCCGAGCCAGGGCUGCUUCUCGGCUCCGCUGUUUCUCAGCUGCGGGACCCCAAGGGCCAGCGCCCGGCUUCCGCCCCGCCCGGGACGUUAGUGUGACCCGUGGCUUUGUGAACUGUGAACUCCGGGCCCCGCCUUCCCCGGAGGCUCCGGGCGGCGUUUUCUCGCCCACGGCGGGGUGGGGCUUUUUCGGGCUGUUCAUGCGAGGCCAGAGAGGCUAAGGUGUCCGCUGGGCUCCCCGGGACGGCUUCCUGAGGGAUUCGUAGGCCCCGACAGCCAGCAGGCCUGGCCGGCCUCUUGUUCCAAGCAGGUAGAAAGUAAGGACCCAGAAGUUUUGAGCUCUGAGGGCCAAAGUACAACCAACUACGCCGCGAGACCAAACUAACGCUGGAAGGGCGAACGCCAAAAACGCGGGGAGGCGGAGCUGGUUCCCGGUCACCAUUUCGCGACGUCCAAGAGAGGUCGCAGAGCAAGCGCGUAUUCUACUCUUUCACCUUCAGGGAGCCACCUCAGUAUAUGGGCCUACCUCUUUAAGCGAGUGAUGGACAGUUAUUUCAUCCUAUCAACUUCCUCGCCAACAUCCAAUCAGAUUUAAAUUUCUUUCAGCCGCCGGAGGAGUUGGAAGAAGGGGGUCGAAAGAGGGAGCCUUCUCUUUCUCGCGAGAUCACUGUGAGCCGGCCUCUCAGAAAAAAACGCUAGCACUUAUGACCCGACUUCCCAAAUAGUAGAUUAAAGGACGGGAUCAUAAACCAAUGAAAGGGAUGAGGAGGUGGGAUCACUGCUUUCACUGCUCAAGAAGUACCGUUACAGGGCAGACUUUUUAUCCAAUCAACGCCUCCAGACUUCGGGUCAGGUGACCAUAGAGUGCGAGGGGCGGAGCUACAGUCUGGCGCGAGGAACCGUUAAGAUGGACAACGAAUAUAACCAAUGAGGUACUCUGACUAGGGAGUUGGGAACCCAAUAACAGUGGUCAGGCGGGCGCCUUCCCGGAGCGCGGGGAGAUGUAAAGACAGACAAAUAGUUUUCCCAAUGAGACUGCAGAAGAGAGGAGAUAAUUGACCAAUGGGGGCUGCGGGGCGGGACCCUUUGCCGCGGCGGAGUCCAAGAUGGCGGCGUGCGGUUCCACUGUGUGAAGCGAGCGCGGGGCGGCGGGUUAAUCAGCUCCGCGGAGAAGACCUCCGGCGACCCGCAACAAUGAAGGGGAAAGAGCGCUCUCCAGUCAAGCCCAAACGUUCCCGUGGUGGUGAGGACUCGACUUCUCGCGGGGAGCGGAGCAAGAAGUUAGGGGGCUCUGGUGGCAGCAAUGGGAGCAGCAGCGGAAAGACCGAUAGCGGCGGCGGGUCGCGGCGCAGCCUUCAUCUGGACAAGUCCAGCAGCCGAGGUGGUAGCCGGGAGUACGACACUGGUGGGGGCAGCUCCAGUAGCCGCUUGCAUAGUUACAGCUCCCCAAGCACCAAAAAUUCCUCGGGCGGGGGCGAGUCGCGCAGCAGCUCCCGGGGUGGAGGCGGGGAGUCACGUUCUUCUGGGGCCGCCUCUUCAGCUCCGGGCGGCGGGGACGGCGGGGAAUACAAGACCCUGAAGAUAAGCGAGUUGGGGUCCCAGCUGAGUGAUGAAGCGGUGGAGGACGGACUGUUUCAUGAGUUCAAACGCUUCGGUGAUGUAAGUGUCAAAAUCAGUCAUCUCUCAGGUUCUGGCAGCGGGGAUGAGCGAGUAGCCUUUGUGAACUUCCGGCGGCCAGAGGACGCGCGGGCGGCCAAGCAUGCCAGAGGCCGCCUAGUGCUCUAUGACCGGCCCCUGAAGAUAGAAGCUGUGUAUGUGAGUCGGCGCCGCAGCCGCUCCCCUUUAGACAAAGAUUCUUAUCCUCCAUCAACCAGCGUGGUCGGGUCCUCCGUAGGUGGUCACCGGCACCCCCCUGGAGGAGGUGGUGGAGGCCAGAGAUCGCUUUCUCCUGGUGGCGCAGCCUUGGGAUACAGAGACUACCGGUUGCAGCAGUUGGCUCUUGGCCGCCUGCCCCCUCCACCUCCGCCACCAUUGCCCCGAGAGCUGGAGAGAGAGCGAGACUACCCGUUCUACGAGAGAGUGCGACCAGCCUACAGUCUUGAGCCAAGGGUGGGAGCUGGAGCAGGUGCUGCUCCUUUCAGAGAAGUGGAUGAGAUCUCACCCGAGGAUGAUCAGCGAGCUAACCGGACGCUUUUCUUGGGCAACCUAGACAUCACUGUGACAGAGAGUGACCUAAGAAGGGCUUUUGACCGUUUUGGAGUCAUCACAGAAGUAGACAUCAAGAGGCCUUCCCGGGGCCAGACCAGUACCUAUGGCUUUCUCAAAUUUGAGAACCUAGACAUGUCUCACCGGGCCAAACUAGCAAUGUCUGGCAAAAUUAUAAUUCGGAAUCCUAUCAAAAUUGGUUAUGGCAAAGCUACACCUACCACCCGCCUCUGGGUAGGUGGCCUGGGUCCUUGGGUGCCCCUUGCUGCCCUGGCAAGGGAGUUUGACCGAUUUGGCACCAUCCGCACCAUCGACUACCACAAAGGUGAUAGCUGGGCAUAUAUCCAGUACGAAAGCCUGGAUGCAGCUCAUGCUGCCUGGACCCAUAUGCGGGGCUUCCCACUUGGUGGCCCGGAUCGUCGCCUUAGAGUAGACUUUGCAGACACAGAACAUCGUUACCAGCAGCAAUAUUUGCAGCCUCUGCCCUUAACUCAUUAUGAACUGGUGACAGAUGCUUUUGGACAUCGGGCACCUGAUCCUUUGAGGGGUGCUCGGGAUAGGACGCCACCCUUACUAUACAGAGAUCGUGAUAGAGAUCUUUAUCCCGACUCUGAUUGGGUGCCACCCCCGCCCCCAGUCCGUGAACGCGGCACUCGGACUGCAGCCACUGCUGUGCCUGCUUAUGAGCCACUGGAUAGCCUGGAUCGCAGGCGGGAUGGCUGGUCCUUGGACCGGGACAGAGGUGAGCGAGAUCUGCCCAGCAGCAGAGACCAACCGAGGAAGCGAAGGCUGCCUGAGGAGAGUGGGGGACGGCAUUUGGAUAGAUCCCCUGAGAGUGACCGUCCACGAAAACGUCACUGCGCGCCUUCUCCUGACCGCAGUCCAGAAUUGAGCAGUAGCCGGGAUCGCUACAACAGCGACAAUGAUCGCUCUUCCCGUCUUCUUCUCUUGGAAAGGCCCUCUCCAAUCAGAGACAGACGAGGUAGUUUGGAGAAGAGCCAGGGUGACAAGCGAGACCGUAAAAACUCUGCAUCAGCUGAACGGGAUAGGAAGCACCGGACAGCUGCUUCCACUGAGGGGAAAAGCCCUCUGAAAAAAGAAGACCGGUCUGAUGGGAGCGCACCCAGCACCAGCACUGCUUCAUCGAAGCUGAAGUCCCCUUCCCAGAAACAGGAUGGUGGGACAGCCCCUACAGCAGCAGCCUCUCCCAAACUCUGUUUGGCCUGGCAGGGCAUGCUUCUGUUGAAGAAUAGCAACUUUCCUUCCAACAUGCAUCUGUUGCAGGGUGACCUUCAAGUGGCUAGUAGUCUUCUUGUGGAGGGCUCAACUGGAGGCAAAGUGGCCCAGCUCAAGAUCACUCAGCGUCUCCGUUUGGACCAGCCCAAGUUGGAUGAAGUCACUCGACGCAUCAAAGUGGCAGGGCCCAAUGGUUAUGCCAUUCUUCUGGCUGUGCCUGGAAGUUCUGAUAGGUCUUCCUCUUCCUCAGCCACAUCAGACACUGCCACCUCUACUCAGAGGCCACUUAGGAACCUUGUGUCCUAUUUAAAGCAAAAGCAGGCUGCUGGGGUCAUCAGCCUCCCUGUUGGGGGCAACAAAGACAAGGAAAACACCGGGGUCCUUCAUGCCUUCCCACCCUGUGAGUUCUCCCAGCAGUUCCUGGAUUCCCCUGCCAAGGCACUGGCCAAAUCUGAAGAAGAUUACCUGGUCAUGAUCAUUGUCCGUGGUGCGUCUUAAAAGUCCAUGUGUAACUUGUAUUUAGUACUUUGAAAUGGUUGUUUUGUGAUGUGUAAUGGGAUACAGCAUAAGAUGAAAUUUUCUUUUUAGUUGUUUAGUUGUAGCUUUUUUCUGUUUUCUUUCUUUUUUUUUAUAUUUUUAUAAACCUCUUUAAAAUAGAAGUCAGGAGAGUUUAGCUAUUAUUUUAAGUGAAAGGGAUGCCCUGAAGGUAGGCAGGCAGGCAGAUGAAUUUACCUUAAUUAGGAGUUCCCACUCUUAUGAGUAAGUUUCCCUCUUUUUCUCAGCUUUUUUCUUUUUUAACCUUGAGCUUAAAAAAAAUCCUCAAAGUUACAAAACGAAAAAUUUGAAAAGUCAAGAUUUGGAGAACAAAGCCCACUGACGAUAUAAAACAAUAUACACCUAAAAAUGGCUCGAUUGGUGAUGUAGGUAAAUAAUUCCUAUACCUGAAAUGUUACUUGUGUGGCUGAAAUUUGAUCAGGGGUCUCAGAAGUAUCAGCUGGUAGAUUGUAUAGCAUUAUGAUUAUUUUAAUCAAGCAUUUGAGUGUUUCUCUACAGAUACAUGGCUUAUUCCCAGAGAGUUUGCUUUCACAUACCAUUUUUAUCAUUAGUUCUCGAGUUCUGUAUCCCGUAUAUGCACUUUUGGUUUGUAGCUGUAACUGUUCAGCAAAAAUUGAGGAGUAUGUUACAAACCACAUGUCUUAUGCUUACACUAGUAUGCAGGAAGUGAGUAGGUGCUUUUAAAAUCAGAAUUCUUUGGUUAGUUAUUGGUGUGUGGUGGUGUUUUUACUGACUUUCCCAGAGACAUUUAGCAGGUACAGUUCUGAUUUAAUUGUGCAUAUUUCAAAACUUGUGUUUUUCAUCAGAGAUGAGUUUUUAUUUUUGUAUCCAUUCAAAUUCCUGAUUUCAAUAAUAGAAAGAAGAGUUGUCUGCAGGCUCAUAAGUCAUCUUUUGUUUCAGUGGGCAUUAAUCAGCCAUAUCUGUGAAAUUUUUUUAAGUCAUCAUAACAUGCCUUUGACAAAUGCUCUUUUAAAAUUUUGCUUGUAUUUUUAUUUUCAUAUUUGAACAGUAUUGAUGACUUUACAUUACUGAAAAUGUUUUGAAUAUCUUUGAAAUUUUGUGUUGCAUAUUUUCACUGGUGUCUAACUGCAGAGAAUUGAAAUGUCAGCUUAGGAAAACCCUUUUUUUAGUGUUUAAUUUUCCCAGACACCUGGAAUUCUUACAAAAUACUUCAGCCCAUCCUCACAGUUUUUAUCAGAACUGAAUAUUAUAUCAACUUCUGGUUCCUAACAAGGGCUUUUGCUGCUUAGUGGGUGAUUUUCUUGUUUGUCUUUUUUCAUCUACCCAGCCACCUCCACCCCUAGUUUCUCAGGUCAUUUGUAAGUAUAUUUCCCCCCUUGAUUUAAAUGCUGAGAACUUGAGCUAAGGCCAUUGAUAUUUAGUUAUGAUUAGAAACUUGAGGACCUUUGGAUCAUGGUCAUGUUUCUAUUCUGUGUAAGUGACUUAUUGAAAGCCUGGCAGAACCCAACUGUUUUCUUUCUGUUAUCAAAGCUGAUAGUUUUGAAAUAGCACCAAUAAUAACCCAGGGAAACGUCAUGUAAUUUUUAAUUGUCCGUUAUGACAGGUGUAAUGCAUGUCAGCAUGAAAGCCUCAUCACUGCUGUGUCAUCCUUUUUGGUUUUCACUAUACAUUUAUAAAUUUCCUUUUAAAUUUGGAGGUUUUUGGGUUUUUUUGUUUUGUUUUUAAACUGGAAAAACUAGCCAUUUUUGAGAGAAGAAAUAUACAAGGCUGUCUGCACAAAAGUUCUUGGUAUGCCUGUAGGGUAAAUUCUUGAAAUCCUACAAUUAAGGCUUUUGGUCUUUUUGUUUUUAAAAAGCUGUGCUUGAUAUGCUAAUAUGGAGUAGACACCUGUUCAGAGACUAGUGCAAGUGCGCAAUCUGUGCAUACAUGGGGUCAGAGUACAAUUUGUGGCUAGAUACAUUUUUCCAGUUUGAAUAAUCUCACUAACCAUUAACUUUUGAAUAUCUUUUGAUAAGAUGGCUGGACAAAUGAUUUUACUCUUAGAGAGUGAAGUCCAUGACAUUUAAUUUUACUCUAAUCCAGAGUGUGUGUGGCUUUUUCUUCUUUUUUUCUUCUUUUCUUUUUUUCUUCUUUUUUUUAAAGUUGACGUGACAGCUUACUGAAGAGUACUGUGCUUUUUGCUCCAUGUUUGUUUGAAUCUUUAUCUGACAUCGCGGCUUUUGUUAGAUCUGGGCAAUUUGUGCUUCAGUGUUUUUGAAACAAUGGCUUGAUACCAUUUCUAAAUGUAUGUAUUAUAACUAAUUAUGUUUAGUUUGGUGCUUACCUACAGAGUGCCAUCAUUCAGAUGAAUCUCUUACUUGUGUUGCCCAUUCUGUUGUGCAGGUUUGUAAUAUUGGUGAACUACUUAAAGCUUCAGAGUGGAAUGAAAGCAAAAGUAAAAUUAUCUGGUUCUAAUUCUCAUUAGCUAGAAUUUCAUAAUCUCAACAUUCGAAGUUCUUGGUAACAACCAGUUGUUUCUUUUACUUGAAAAAAUAUGUAUUUGUUUAAUUGAUUUUUCUGGAUCUCAAUUCAAAUGAAUGGAAAGAAUUUCUACAGUAUAUCAUUAAAUGACUUAUUCAGUAUUACUGGUAAAAAAACCCAUCAAGCUAAUUAAGAUUUUUAGAUCACAGUUUCAAAGUUUAUGAAAAAUUAAGCAAUCAUUUAGCUUCUAGCCAGUUUUUUAAAAAAAUAUAAUUUUGUUGGUUGUACCUGGGAUUCCUAUAAAGAGUUUUCCUCACAAAAAUUUAAAUUCCUGGUUUGAGAUGUAUACUUUGACUCUCAAUUGAGAGUUGAUUGAGUUUUCCCUUUUAAGUAUUACGUCUAAAAAUCUCCAUCCUCUGGCUGGUGUAAGCUUUUGUCACAUUUUGAAGGUAAUACACUCUGGCCCUUCUUAAUUCAAUUGGAUCUUUUGAGAUACAGUAGUAAAAGUAAGAUGUGUGUUUGUUGCUUUCAGAGUUGAACACUUGUUUAGGUUUAUUUAGAACCUAUUUAUGAGCAGAUUUUCACUGACAGUUUUUGUUGUUUCUUGUUUCUUUAAUUUUAAAUCCACUUUCUUCAGAGUGAAAUUGCUCAUUAUGCAGGUGCAGCUUGAACUGCAGUUUGGGUCCGUAUAGGAGCCAUUCACCAAAAACUCUGUGGUAACAGAACUGGGAAAUCCUCUCGAGAAGAGGGCCUUAAUGACCUUUUUUGUGAGACAAUUUUUGGAGGGAAUUCCUGGACAUUUUUUUUUUCUGUCUCUGCCACAGCAUCUGGUUUUGAGAUAGGAGUUAUGUAUAAGAACAAGAAGAGCAGCUGACCCUGUUAACAUGCUGGUUUUAGUGAUGGUUGUAGUGAUGUGCCCAAAGGGAGAAAGGAUUUCAGGUAACCACGGUGAACUGUCAAGACUAAUGAGUUUUAUAUGUAUGGUGUAAACAGAGUUGGAAUGUAAAAGUCUACAGUGUUCUUUAGCUGUUUAGCAAUUAUUUGUAUGAGUGUUUUCUUAAAAUAACAGCUGCUGUCUUUGGUAACACAGAUGAAGGUGGAUUUUUAAAAGGCUUUGUACCUUGACCCCUUUCUACAAUAACGGAGUUAAGUCUGAAUUGCUCCGUAUAAUUUACUGAAUAGAAGAUAGAGGGGGUAAAAUUUGACUAAACUCCACCUUUUUAUAGUUUCAUCUUUUAAGUUAUAUUUAGAAUAUAUUGAUUAUAAAUUGAUUAUACACUUGCUUUUUCUGAAAAUUAUUUUGACGUUUUACUCAGUUACAUGAGUACAAAGGAUAUUUUCAGUCCUAUAAUCCUCACUUAAUUGCAGUCUUUAAAAAAAAUCCACCCUAUUCUACUUGUUGUCUAUUCAUACGGUAAAUUCAUUUCAAGGUGUGUGUCAGUGGGUAUUAUUGGUGCUUUUUGAAGUCAAGGUGAACUUUCCAGGAAGGUCUUGUUAACGUUAUGUUCAUCUAUAAUGGCAUAGGGGAAAUAUAUAUAUUUUUAAUAUUGUAAACAUUUGUACUGAAUAACCUUUUUUCCCCCCCCCGCAAGCAAAACUGGUGAACAACGGAUGAAGAUAUGGAAUUCAAAGCUCUAAUGGACCUUUUUGAAGAGAAGUUGUGGCCUAUGUGGAGUUUACAUGGGCCUCUUGAUGGAAGAAAGCUAAUCUGUUUAGUAUUUGUGCAUUUUACUAAAAUGGCAGCUUAAAGUUGUGUAUCUGCUAUUGUGAUGCCAAUGCCGGUGUUUUAAGUGGAAAAAAUGACCUUGCUUUGUGCUGUGUACACAAGAUUUCUGGAAAAGUAAAGAAAAACCCUUUUUAUGGCUCACACAGCUUAAAAGUAGCUGUCACUCAAACGUGCGCUCACAGUUGAGCUGCUUUUGUUUUAUUCUAAAUAAAUUGUUUCUUUUGAGGAAAAUGUU